CAGCAGGAGCCAUUUGUCGGACCAGUAGCUCUGUUGGUAAGUGAUUGCGGGUGCAGGCGGCCCAGGCGUCGGGCAGGCGGAGCUUUUGGCACCUGGGUCUUCCCGCGCCUCGUGUGGGGAAACUGUUUUCCCACUGCGCGUGGCCAGGGCACCACAAAAUCUCCCUUUCCUUUAACUGGCGUUUACCUCCGGGUUCUUUUUCCUGGGCCGCCAUGUGAGAGCUGGGCCAAUGGGAACCACCACUCAAUACGCUCCGCCUAUUAAGUCGCGUGGAGCAUCCUGGGACUCGUAGUAAACUUCGAGAUUUGCCGCACCACGCGGGAGGAGAAGGGGGUUCCUGCGUUUGCUUUGUUUUCUAAGCUGUGCACCCUUCUUCCGUCCUCCCCGCCUUACCUGACUUCCUCCUGGAAAGAAGAUCUCUGAGGAGCCCGUUAAUCCCACAUUAGGAGAAGGGGUUUUGAGAAACCCAGGGCUGAAGUUACUUUUUUCAUUCUUUCAGUCCUACCGCAGCACCUUCCUCCAUGGCAGUUCCCGAGACCCGCCCCAACCACACUAUUUAUAUCAACAACCUCAAUGAGAAGAUCAAGAAAGAUGAGCUGAAGAAGUCCCUGUAUGCCAUCUUCUCCCAGUUUGGCCAGAUCCUGGAUAUCCUGGUGUCACGGAGCCUGAAGAUGAGGGGCCAGGCCUUUGUCAUCUUUAAGGAGGUCAGCAGCGCCACCAACGCCCUGCGCUCAAUGCAGGGUUUCCCCUUCUACGACAAGCCCAUGCGCAUCCAGUACGCCAAGACCGACUCGGAUAUCAUUGCCAAAAUGAAGGGUACCUUUGUGGAGCGUGACCGGAAGCGGGAGAAGAGGAAGCCCAAGAGCCAGGAGACCCCAGCUGCCAAGAAAGCCGUGCAGGGCGGGGCAGCUGCCCCUGUAGUGGGAGCUGUCCCGGGGCCUGUCCCGGGCAUGCCGCCGAUGACUCAGGCGCCUCGCAUCAUGCACCACCUGCCGGGCCAGCCUCCCUACAUGCCACCCCCUGGCAUGAUCCCACCUCCAGGUCUCGCACCCGGCCAGAUCCCACCGGGGGCCAUGCCUCCACAGCAGCUUAUGCCAGGCCAGAUGCCACCUGCUCAGCCUCUUUCAGAAAACCCACCAAAUCACAUCUUGUUCCUUACCAACCUGCCAGAGGAGACCAAUGAGCUCAUGCUAUCUAUGCUCUUCAACCAGUUCCCUGGCUUCAAGGAGGUCCGGCUGGUCCCAGGGCGGCACGACAUCGCCUUUGUGGAGUUUGACAACGAGGUUCAGGCAGGGGCCGCCCGAGAUGCCCUGCAGGGCUUCAAGAUCACCCAGAACAACGCCAUGAAGAUCUCCUUUGCCAAGAAGUAGCGCCUUUUCCCCAUGCCUGCCCCUACCCCCUGUUUGCAGGCCUCCCCUCUUCCCCUUGGCUCGGCCUCCUGAAGGUAAGUCCCCCUCGGGGGCCUUCUUGGAGCCGCAUGUGUGAGUGAGUGGUCACACAGCAUUGUACCCAGAGUCUGUCCCCAGACAUUGCACCUGGCGCUGUUAGGCUGGAAUUAAAGUGUUUUUUGAUGUUUGAUUUU